GAAGAGAUGGAUGAUAAAAUUAGGGGUUGGAAUCCAAAGGUAAGUCGGCGGGAGGUGAUAAACUAGCGGAGCCCAACGUCACAGACCAAUUACUGUUAUAAACCGAUUUCCUAACCCGAAAUCAACCAUUCCAAACCGCAAGGAAAAACAGGCGAAAUUGCAGAUUUUUGCCUGUAAAUUCCAUUCCCAUAGCCCACGCCUCUUUAUUUCUACUUCGUAUUUCAUGGAAAAAGGGACAGCCAGAGAAUCCACUCAAACGCUCACCACUUCUUUGCACAAUCUCCAAUUGAAGGACGAUACCGUCAAAUCAAAAUCGACCCAGAAUUCAAUCGCCUCCACUCUUCGAUCCCAAUUCUUGAGUUCCAAUAAGGGAAAGAAGCCGCCGAGUUUGUUGAGCUUGUGUCUGGGAGUUGUCGGUAGCAAUCUUGAGGACAUUAUUGAUGACCUGGCUGAGAUUGCCCUCGCGUUCCCCGCUGAUGUUAAGUUGGUGUUGGUGGCAAUUGCGAGAAGAAGAAAGUUGCUGAAUGACGACAUUGUCAUUGCUUUGGCAGAUAGUUCGUGGGAGAUACUUGAUAUAUCUGGUUCAGAUGUUUCUGAUUCUGGACUUUGUCAUAUUGUGAAUAUCUGCCAAAACCUAAGAGUGGUUGAUAUAAGCCGAUGCAGCAAACUUACGUCAACAGGAGUUUCGAAACUUCUUCAGCUUUGUCAUUCCCUUGAGAUAUUGAGAUGGGGUGGUUGUCCGAGGAGCGACUACACUGCCCGCAGAUGCCUGGGUCUCUUAAAGCCUAACCUCAAUGAUGUGGAGGGGGAAUCAUGGGAAGAGCUUGAUGCUGCAGAAUUGAUUCAUGGUGCACAAUCACUAAGAUGGCUCGUCUGGCCAAAAAUUGAUAAGGAUUCACAGGAGACCUUGACCAUUGAAUGUCCUCGAAUCGUAGUAAAUCCAAAGCCAUCCCCUUUGGGUUUCAGGGGCAGUGAAGCUCCCCAAGAAGCAUUGUCGCAAUUUGUAUUGGAUGACCCAAUCGUGAAAGACAUUGAUUCAAAAACUUGGGCGGUAUCUGGGUUUACUACAUCCAGGUCUGCCCUUCUACCGGUCACAACUCCUACUGAACUAUCCAUGGCUGAAAAAUUUAGGUUAGCAUUUUUGGAGAGAGAUACUCGAUUAGCACCAAAGAGAGCAAAGAAUGCAAGGCAACAUCAACGACGUGCUGAGAGGGAACGGAUGAUGAUGGAUGCUAGAGCAAAAGCCUUGGCACUUGCUUCAAAAGCUACAAAGUCUGUGAACCUCAGGAAUUUUUAGGGAAAAAUUCUCAGGGAAAACUUGCAGCUUCUUGUGUUCAAAGUCACCUCCGUUGCUUCCCUAUGAAGACUGCACCGGAUUGUCAAAUUUGAGAAGAUGGAUACGUAUUUGGAUGUGGAUGGCAGGUGUGUGCCUCCUGGAGGCCAUCCAGAGUCUAAGUUAAUCUUGGAUUAGUUCAUACAAGCAAUGGUUAAACUUUUGUAUUGUUACCUGUACAGUGUUGGAAGAGUGAAAGAUUAUAAAGAACAAUUUUUUUGGAUCUUCGGAUUCUCUUGUUGUACAUUGUGAAACAACUGGAUACAUAUACUAAGAUGAGAAAUUUUCUGUUCUCUC